AUGGCCAGGGCGAAUUCGUGCGUUCUACUUUUCUUUUAUUUUUUAUUUAUUUACUUUUUAUUUCUUUCUUUGUCCUAUUUCAUUGUUGAUGCCUUGAUCCAAGACCGACUAACUAAACGAACAAACAACAGGAAAUUCCGCACGCCCAAACCGCAAUACGCCCAAGUCCACGCCCUCAUCCUGACCUGGUCCUUCCACGACCUGCGCGCUGAAACCUACACGGCCCCGCCCGCAGCCGACUAUGUCUCGCUCGAGCAGGAGACCGCCCGUCUGCGCACCUGUCUGCAAAACUACGGCUACAUCGUGCACGAGUACCUGAUCCCCAUGGACCACUCCGUCGAGAGCCUCAAGAAUGAGCUGCGCCGGUUCUGCCGGUUUGCGGCUGACGAUACGCUGCUGAUGGUGUAUUACCAUGGCCAUGGCGCGAUGGAUAACAAUGAGUUGAUUUUUAGCAGCCACGACCACCCCGAAAACCCCGAGUGGUCCAAAACGGCCGCUGCCGAGCUCUACGCCGCGUUCCUCGACGGCAACGCCUGUGCCAUCCACAGCGCCCGCGUCGAGCGUUACCACGAGCUGCGCAAGAACGAACGCUACCGCCCAGUCUCCACCGUCCCCUGGGACGCCAUCCGCAGCCCUCUCCUCUCCGCCCCCUGUGACCUCCUCCUCGUCCUAGACUGUUGUGCCGCCGGUGGCGCCGGCCUACGCCAUCUGAACUGGCAACCACCCCCCGGCGCUGAGUCUUACACCAAGCACCUAUUUGCAGCAUGCGGCUUCGAGUCCAGCACCAACGACGACAUGACCGCUGCCAUGUGCUCGGUGCUUGACGAAUGGGUUCCCCCUGCUCUUCCCCCUGCAGGUACCGCUGCCAAGUCUACCUCCCGCUCUCGAUCGCGGUCUACCUCUACCAGCCACAGCAGCGAGGAUAAUGAUAAAAAGACGAAACAAACAGGCGGCGGCACCCCCGGGCCUGUUGGCGCAGGGCAGUACCUCACCACCAAGCGGCUACACCAGCUGAUGGAGGAUAAACUGCAGAAGGGCCCGGCUGGGUCGCAGCCGAUUUUUAAACAGUUGUUGCCGCAGGAUCCGGAGCAGUAUAUUACUCUGCCGAAUUUGGCUGCCGCUGCUGCUGCUGCUGCUGCUGCUGCCGCCGCCGGGGGGAAGGAUGUACGGGAUGUGCGAGAGGUAAAGGGGGGGCUGGGGAAAGGGAAAGUCGGUGGGGCUGUGAGGAAGAAGGCGGUUGUUAUUGAGGAGGGGUUGGGCGGGGCGGAGAGACGGGGGAGGGGGUAUGUUUUGGCUUGA